UCCAAUCAGCAGAAACGACACCGAGCAUUUCCGUCUCCUCUUGGACCGAGCGGCUGCUCGACCACAGCUGCAGUCGCCUCUUGCCUUCAGGGCGGAAGCGCUCCUGGAGGAGCCAUGGAGGCCGAAAUAUUAAAGUUCAUCUGCGCUAAUCAAGGAGCUGUUGAUGCUGACGAGUUGAUGUUCAACCUUUUCCCUGGGGAGUCCACGACUGAGUUGAUUUCCAACCAUAGCAAGUUUGCCUUGUGUUCCAGUAAAGGGAAGCAGAGAGUGGUGGCCAGGACCAGCCUGAGACUGUGCAGGAAGAAAGACUGUCCGGGGACGUGCGAGGGUCUACACUUGUGUAGAAACUUCCUCUUCUCCGGCUCCUGCCACUUCCUACAAAGAAGAGGCUGCAGUUUCCCCCACGUUCUGAACUCUGACUACAACCAACGGCUGCUGGAAGAACAUGAGCUGCAGGGCCUGAGCAGGGCGGAGCUGUGUACGCUGCUGCUGCAGAGCGACUUCACCAUGCUGCCUCCUAUAUGUUUUGAUUACAAUAACGGUGAUGGAGUAUUUGGCCGGUGUGCGAGCGGCGUAGAUUGUGAAAGACUCCACAUCUGCGAGAAGUCCAUGACCCAAAGCUGCAGCUGCUCCAGGGCCCACGACUUUACUGCUUUUCAGCCGAAGAAGAUCCUGCAUGAUAAGAUGGUGCCCGACGACAUGCUUCGCUCGUUGAGGUCCGUUUACUUGAAUCGAGAAGCGUUGAGGUACUAUAACAGAGGCGAAGCUGGUAGGGGUCACAGGGGCAACGGCAGCUCCAACGAUGGGCCAAAUUCAAGUCGCAGGCCGGGCUACAGAGGGAGAGGUGGCAAUAGGGGCAACCGGGGGCCCAGAGGUAGAGGUAUGAGGGGCAGCAGGGGCAAUAGAGGAAACUCCAGACAGCAAGAAACAGCCACCCCUAGUGACCUCUUGGGGGACCUUGAUUGGUGGGCUACUGUCACUGGAGACAAACUUUCUGAAACCAAGAGUGAGCAAGGAGAUUUCAGGUCAUCCAGCAGUGACGUCUCUGCUGCUGGCUACGACUUCGAUUCAAGAAGUGACUGUGGUUUCAAUACGGAGCAGAGGCAGUGGAACCGAGGGAGAGGGAGAGCUGCCCACAGGGGGUUCAGAGGAACCAGGGGCCCGAGGGGAAGCAGAGGGGGCAGCGGAAACGGAGGUAACGACCUCACGCAGCUUCGAAGCACGUCCUUUGGUGACAUCUGGGGUGAGUUCAGUGGCUUGAACCUACACACCCAAAGCAAGAGUCCCCCGCCAAGUUUUAAUUCGUCAAACAGUGACGUCUCUGCUGAUGACUCCGAGGCGAGCAGCAAUAGGAGGAAAAAGCGCAGUCGAAAUCGCAAUCAGACUUCAGCGAAUAAAGGGAGAGGCGGCAACCAACCAGGGAUGCGAAGGGCGUCCGACGUCGAUGAAAUGAUUGGUGCUGCUGGUGGUCAAGAAGGAAAUGGAGCAGAUGACCAGAAAGGCAGACAAAAAAACAAACCUGUCAAAGAUAAAACCGAGAUAUGCAUGUACUUCAUUAAAGGCUACUGCAAGCAUGAUGACAAAUGUUUUAAAGCUCAUGACAAGAUGCCGUACAGAUGGCAGGUCCAGGAAGGAGGCCAGUGGAACGCCUUGCCUGAUAACGAGACAAUCGAAAAGGAAUACUGUGAUCCCAGCAACUCGUACAGCAGCGGCAGUCCGCCUGUUCAUUUUGACACCAUGACGCGUGGAGGGAACAAAGUGCGACGGCUCACUACGGUGAACUCUUUGGUUGAGCCGACCUUCAUUCACACCACGGAGUGGCUCUGGUACUGGCAGGACGAGUUUGGAAAGUGGAACAUGUACGGUUCAGACAGCGCCAGAGGGAAAUCAUCAGAUAUCAGAAGUGAAACUCUGGAGCAGAAGUUUCUGGACAAUGAGAGCGAAGUGGAGUUCUCUGCUGGCUCCCAGUCUUAUUCUCUUAGUUUCCAGGACAUGAUUCAAACUAAUAGGCAUUAUGGUACUAAGAGGCUUGUGAGCAGACGUCCUGUGUUCGUCUCUGCCGCUGAUGUCCGAACCAAGAAAGUGAGAAAGCCUGCAGCAAAUUCUUCUCCCAUGCCAGACCACUGGGACAAGGCGCACAUCCCUCCAACAGGAUUCUCGAGAGUUGCCGUCCCGCGCACUUCGGAUGAAUUUCAAAAGAUUGAAACACUUUUUCGAACAACCUUGAGAGGCUUCGAUAUUAUGAAGCUAGAGAGGAUUCAGAACAAGGCGCUUUGGGAAGUCUUUCAGUGGCAAAAGACUCAGAUGAAGAACAACAACAGCGGACGGGAGGUGGAAGAAAAGCAACUUUUUCAUGGGACUGACUCGAAACACAUUGGCGCCAUUUGUCUCAACAACUUUGACUGGAGGAUCUGUGGAGUUAAUGGAACAGCUUAUGGCAAAGGAAGCUACUUUGCUCGGGACGCUAAAUACUCCCACAGCUACACCGGUGACUCUGAUGUCAAAACCAUGUUUGUGUCUCGUGUCCUGGUGGGGAGCUACACAAGAGGGGACUCCAGCUACGUCCGACCUCCUUCCAAAGACGGUGGAGACAUAAACUUCUACGACAGCUGCGUCAACGACAUCGCAAAUCCUUCCAUUUUUGUUGUCUUUGAGAAGCACCAGAUCUAUCCUGAGUACCUGCUGACGUACAAGACCACACACCCGCUGGUUGACAUAAUUAGUAGUACAUCAGCACAGCAAUUAAAACCAGUGAUUGCUCCUACGCCAGUGCAUCAAGCAAGUAUGGCAUCGAAACAAACCAACACAUCAACAUCACAUCAACCCACUACGGCGUUGAAUCAAACCAUCUCUUCAUCACACCAAUCCAGUGCGGCAUCAUAUCUAACCAGUUCAUCAUUGUAUCCACCCACUACGGCGUCAAAUCAAACCGUCUCUUCAUCAUAUCAACCCAGUGCGGCGUCAAAACAAACCAGUUCAUCAUCACAUCAACCCACUACGGCGUUGAAUCAAACCAUCUCUUCAUCACACCAAUCCAGUGCGGCAUCAUAUCUAACCAGUUCAUCACUGUACCCACCCACUGCGGCGUCGAAUCAAACCAUCUCUUCAUCAUACCAACCCAGGGCAACGUCGUAUCCAACCCGUUCAUUGUCGUAUCAACCCAGUACAACCUCUUCACUGUACCAAACCAGACAUGAUUCCCAACGCACCUUGUCUUCCCGAACGUCCCCGUCAAAACCGACCAAAAAAAAUGAUUCCUGUGUCAUAGCCUAAGCACAGCUGUGAAAUGGAAAAACGCCUUAACGGAUAAGGCAGUUCAGUGAGGUUUUUUUUUUUUUUUUAACAUUAGUCAAAAUAUGUCAGAAGGGGAAAUGAGCUUAAAAAAAUUCCACCCAUAUGUCUGAAAUACUCCAAAUACAGAAGGAUAAACAGAAAUACAUGCAAAGGCUAAAUUUACAGUUUAAUGAAAAUAUUUGAAAUGUUUUCAUUUUAAAUGAUCUAUUGCAGUAAUUUUUCAUUUAGUGCUUUAGUUUCCAUUGACAGGCCAACUCAGAGAAACAGAAUUGUUUUCUCUAGGUGGUUAGUCAUAUUUAAACGAUUCUCUGUCGCUCAAAGCCAGAGAAGGCUAAACUGCCGGUCUUUCAUUGUGACAUACACUUUGUAUGUGAAGGGCAUCCAUCCAUCCAUCAGUGCCACAAAAACACAACUGUCACCACUGGUGUUUGCGUCCCAACUCCAGUGUGCUUUUUAAGGCUAAACAGUGAAUUCAAGAAAGAUACAGCGAUGGAAUCUUAUUCAGUCAACUCAAAAGCUAUUUGAGGUUUCUAAAAAGAUGCUCAUAAAGACAUCUUUUUUUUUUUUUUUUUUACAAAUUUUUAUCCAGACAAAAACAUUACAAAUAAGCUACACUACCGAAGCUGUAGGUGACACUGUGAUGCUGCUACGAUAAAAACAAGCGUAGCAGUAAACACCAGAAGGCGACAUGGACCAGGCGCAUAAAGCUUGUGCCGUGGAGCUAUUACAAUCGAUUUGAAAACAUUUAGUUUUGGAUUGCCACAUGAUAAACACAGGAGUGGCAUUUCACAAUGUUUUUCAUUCUGAUACAUGUUUCCAGCUGUUAAUAGUCCAUUCCUUUGUGGACAAAAAGCUGAAACAAUAAGAACAAAAGCAGAGCAUUCUCAAAGCUCGUUCCCGCGUGAACGACAACCACCGACAAUUUAUUUUUGAGAAAGUUCACUCUUACUACUUCAAUGUAGGAGCGCCCAAUGAAUCAGAUCAGACAAGUCCAGAAUUCUUGCGCUGAUUUGACUGGGACACACCACGAACAACAAGGUGGUUUCUAACCGCCCUAACUUGGCACGUUUAAUAACGUACGUCAUGUAUCGUCAUGCAUCAGGAAGCCGCAUCGCAUUAACAAUAUCGAUGGUUGGCGUGUGGGAAAAGACCAUGAAAGUAAAAAUGUAGUGUUGAUGAAUACCACAUUUUCAUUAAUAAGCAGUAGCUGUCAUCACGAUGAUUUGGCACGAAGAGUUUAAAAUGAAGGGAGAGAAUCGCUCAGGUGUUUCUGCCAAAUGUUUUGUUGCUUUAACACUAAUCAUUUCGAUGCUUUUAGAUGCGAACAAACUGCAAAACAAAACAAAAAUGUAAACUUUAAAGUUCUUCCCUAGAGCUGCAGUUUCUCUACAUGUUGAGGUUAUUGAAAAGAGACCGAGUUCCGAAAAAGGGAUCAGUGUGCUCGCCAGCGCCUCCUGUGGCAAGACACAUUAUUGCACUGAUUCUUUUUCCACAUAGAGGACCCCCCCCCCCCCCCCCCCCCCCCCCCCCCCCCCCCCCCGGUAAAAAGUGCUUCAUUAAGAGCCUUGAUAAUUUACAGCAUCUGUUUUUAUUCCAAACUUGUUUUGCCUAUUUCUUAGUUGUGAAGGUUUUACUGGCUCUUCUAAUCUAAUCUUCUAAUUGUUGGUGUAGUUUUUUAUCUUCAUGUUGUUAAUUUUAGUCAAAUUAUAUGAAAGCACAACAAUACAAGUUAAGCCAAAGUUGCCUUUCCUAAGCCAGUAAAUUCACCUGUUCCUCUUAAAAAUCAAAAUGGUAAUUACGUGAUUGUGUCUUGCCAAAUAAAGUUCUUUUCUAUUACGA